GGAUAUAGUUAAUUGACCUUGUAAAAGUGUGAAGUACUCAUGUUCGGCAUGCAUGCUUCCUUUUGAUUGGUUAUAGUAUUUAUAGACAUGCGAAUUUAGUGUUAUGUGUUUGAGCUAUGGAUUCAAUUAUUGUAUGGUGAUAAUACUUGAUGGUUUUUAUUUAUGACAUGAAGCGAGGGAGAAGAGGAUGUGUGAGGUGGUGACUUGAAAUUUGUAGGUGCAUCCUCUUUCUAAUAUGAUGUUGUAAAGUGGGUAAAUGGAUGGGUUUUCCCUGUCCAGGUUACCCAGGAAACAAGUCUUUUGACUCGAAUGUACAUGGCCAAACCGGGUUUUCCCCUUUGCUUUUUUUGAUCUUUUCCAAGGCCACCCCAAGAUGUUACCUAGUAAGAUUUGAACCUGUGGCCUCUUAUGAGGACAUCAUAUCUCCUGAUCAUUAGGCUACCUUGGUGUUAUGUACUGGCGAAAUUCAUUUGAUUUUUUUUUUGAUGGGUAGAAACUAGCAUUCGUUAUUCUUAGUAGUUGUGUUGAUUAAGAUGGUUGUAAAUAGUGUUUUUAUUUGGUGUUCCUUAAGUAUUUCUUGUAAGAAAAAAUUCCCUCAUUUUUCAGCUUAACAAGGUUUUUGUUUCAGUUUUGAUGUCAGCACGAUUAGAGAACUACUGCCUUCUAUCUGCUUUGAUUCUUAGCUUUGAAUGAACUGAGGGUGUGAUGCCAUGAGCUGGAGGCUACUCGUACUUAUUGGAGCCUUUAUGGUGGGUAGGCAUGACAACUAGUGAGCUUUCCCUAUUUUCAUUUGUUUAAUGCCAUAUCUUAUACUCUGAUUGUAACAAUGUGACGUAAAUAUGAUCAUCAACUGUUGUUUAACUACUUCAACAGUGGUUGUUGGAGAAAUAGCAAAUUUUGCAGCUUAUGCUUUUGCACCGGCUAUCCUGGUCACUCCUCUUGGGGCCCUCAGCAUUAUAAUUAGUGCUGUACUUGCAUAUAUAAUAUUGCGAGAGAAGCUACAUAUUUUUGGAGUUCUCGGUUGUGCUCUAUGUGUCGUCGGUUCCACUACAAUUGUUCUGCAUGCUCCUCAGGAACGUCAGAUUGAAUCAGUGGCAGAAGUAUGGGACCUUGCUACCGAGCCAGUAUAUGGCCAGACACACAUAAUGUGCUAUAUUGGAGUGUGUUCGCUUAUAGGCUCUUUAUCGGUCAUGAGUGUGAAAGCUGUUGGCAUUGCUUUGAAACUUACUUUAUCAGGAAUGAAUCAGCUAGUGUACCCCCAAACCUGGGUUUUUACGUUCAUUUUUCUCCAUUGUGUCAUUACUCAGAUGAACUAUCUGAACAAGGCGCUAGACACAUUUAACACUGCUGUUGUCUCACCCAUAUACUACACUAUGUUCACAACUCUUACUAUAUUGGCAAGUGUGAUCAUGUUCAAGGAUUGGUCCGGACAGACUCCUGCGCAGAUUGUCACAGAAUUGUGUGGGUUUGUGACAAUACUCUCCGGAACCUUUCUUCUCCACAAAACGAAAGACAUGGUCGACGGUCCACCGACUCUGUCAGGGCGACUACCGAAGCACAGAACAGAAGAGGAUGAUCAGGAGGGCAUCCCUUUGAGACGACAAGAUCUGACAGUAUGAGAUCUCCAUCGUCCAGUUUUUGUGUCAAUCUUGAUUCCUCUUGAGGUUAGACUCAUAGAACAUACUUAUAUCACAGUGUACUUCUACCAAGCAUUUGAUGCUUUUUCAUAGAUACAACAGGAAGAACGGAAAUUCUUUUUUGCUGGUGUCUUCGUAAGUUAGGAAGAAAUCAGUUUUGGGUGGCCAUCUCAUGUAAACUGUAAGAAACAUUAGUUUAAUAGAAAAUGCAAUUUUUUAGUUUGAUCUUA